UCCAACAUAUUACAUAUAAUCUCUUGGAAGUUAAUAAAAUAUUAAUAAUAAUAAUGUCUUGUAGAUUGAUGAUCUUAAUAUUUUUUAUUAAUUUAUUUGUUAACCAGGUAAAUUCAGAAAUUGUUGCUCAUGAUCUUAAAUGUCGUGUUUAUAAAGAAGAGUUUUUGAGAGAUGUAAAAGUAUUUUUUCAUGCUGACAGUGACAUAAAUGAAUUUUUUGCCAAUUUCACUAUAAUAAAACCCAUUCCAGAUGAUGCUGUGGGUCAUAUAAGAGCUCUAAAACGCUCAGAAUCAGGUAUUUAUGAUAUACCUACCAAUUUUCAAUUUUCUCGCCCAUUUUGUGAAACAGUUACUGAUCCUACUAGUUUAUUUUGGUAUACGAUUCAUACUAUGAUUUUUGAUACAUGUCCUCCUCAACCAGGGACCUAUGUAAUAGAAAGAUUCGUCCUGAUAGAUGAUGAUCAUGAAAACUUCUUUCGGACUGCCUUAACUCCUGAAAAAUAUAUGAUAACUUUUUAUGUGACUCACACGAAAGGAGCGAUAUUCUAUUGUAAUGUGCAUUAUGAUUUAAACUAA